UUCAUUUUAUUUGCUGUUACCAUUUAAUUAAGAAAAUGAACGCAGUAGAGAAAUACUACCCAAAGUACUUAAGGAUGAAAAUUAGAGGUCUUGCACUGUAUUUGGGAGGGUUUUAAAAGCAUCUCCCUUCAAAACCAAAGGGAAAAGCAAAAAUGCCAUCACAGAAACAAAAACACCAUUUUUCUGAAGAGAUGUUCAACCUUCCAAUUUUAACAGAUUCUUUGUUCAACAGUGGCAAAACUGGGGAGGCACCAACUGCCCCAACAACUUCCGUACAAGAUGGCGCCUCCCGCACGUACACCGCGGCUGGGGGCUCGUCCUCCCCCGCCGCCGCCGGCGGACCGGAAGUGGUUACGACCCCGGGGGGUCCGGGUAUGUUCGCGCAGGCUGUCGCGGAGGUUCCGGUUUUUCAGCGUGAGGCGCCGCAGGUGUUCAGGCCGGGUCUGAAGCCGCAGCUGUCAUUCCCCACCCAGUGGUUCCCAAGGGGAGCGGUUUUGUUCCCCGGGACCCUUUGGCCUUAUCUGGAAGACACUGUUUUGGUUGUCCUGCUGAGGUGGUGCUGCCUUUGGCACCUGGUGGAUGGCAGCCAAGCAUGCUGCUUCGCUCCUCUCCACAGCGCAGUGCUGCGGGACACAGAAGAGCUCCAUCUCAAAGGCCAGCCGGGCUGAGGGAUUGAACUCAGGCCCUUGUGCUUACCAGAUUGUGUGUUUAGUGAAAUGCUUUCCUAAACAGUAAAAGGUUGAACAUGUCUAGACAGAACUUGAUGGCUUUGACAGUGACCACCCUGCUGGGUGUGGCAGUGGGGGGGCUUGUCCUGUGGAGAGGCAUCCAGCGCCGGAGGAAGACGUGCCACGAGGCCCAGGAACAGCCGCAGCCAGAGCAACAAGUGCCAGGAAAGACGGUGCCACCCCCAGCAGAAGAGGACCAGCUACCCUCUGGGGUUCCCAGAUCCUCAUGGGAGGAGAGGAUCCUCCAGGCAAAGGUGGUGACAGUGUCUCAGGAGGCAGAGUGGGAUCAAAUCCAGCCCUUGCUUUGCAGUGGGUUAGAAGACUUCCCAGUGCUUGGAAUUGACUGUGAGUGGGUGAAUUUGGAAGGCAAAGCCAGUCCUCUGUCACUCCUGCAAAUGGCCUUGCCAAGUGGCCUCUGCGUCUUGGUUCGCUUGCCUAGGCUGACCUCCGGAGGCAAGACACUACCAAGAACUUUACUGGAUAUUUUGGCAGAUGGCACCAUUUUAAAAGUUGGAGUGGGAUGUUCAGAUGAUGCCAGCAAGCUUCUGCAGGAUUAUGGCCUCAUCGUUAGAGGAUGCCUAGACCUUCGAUACUUGGCUGUGCGGCAAAGAAACUUGCUUUGCAGUGGGCUCAGCCUGAAAUCUCUUUCUGAGGCAGUCUUGAACUUUCCUCUUGACAAGUCCCUUCUGCUUCGUUGUAGCAACUGGAAUGCUGAGAAUCUCACAGAGGACCAGGUGACUUAUGCUGCCAGGGAUGCCCAGAUUUCAGUGGCUCUCUUCCUUCAUCUUCUUGGAUAUCCUUUCUCUAGGAAUUCUCCCAUAGAAGCAAGCAGUGGCCACACUGGCUGGAGAGAGGUCCUGGAGAAGUGCUGGGAUAUGGUAGACAUCCCAUUCCGAAGCAAAGGGAUUGGCAGAUUGGGAGAAGAAGGGAAUGGGCAAGCAACAGGAUCUCACCAGAAGCCAAGAAAUAAGUCUAAGAGUAGUGGAGCGGUGCCAGGCACCCACCAGGGGAGAGACCCCAGGAAAAAUAAAAGGAAGCCCCUUGGGGUGGGCUAUUCUGCCAGAAAGUCACCUCUUUAUGACAACUGCUUUCUCCAUGCUCCUGAUGGGCAACCUCUCUGCACCUGUGACCGGAGGAAGGCUCAGUGGUACCUGGACAAAGGCAUUGGAGAGCUGGUGAGUGAAGACCCUUUUGUGGUCAAGCUACAGUUUGAACCUGCAGGGAGACCUGAGUCCCAAGGAGACUAUUACCUGAUGGUUAAGGAGAACGUGUGUGUGGUGUGUGGCAAAAAAGACUCCUACAUUCGGAAGAAUGUGAUUCCACAUGAGUACCGGAAGCACUUCCCCAUUGAAAUGAAGGACCACAACUCCCAUGAUGUGCUGCUCCUCUGUACUUCCUGCCAUGCCAUCUCCAACUACUAUGACAACCAUCUGAAGCAGCAGCUGGCCAAGGAGUUCCAGGCCCCGAUUGGCUCCGAGGAGGGCCUGCGCCUGCUGGAGGAUCCCGAGCGCCGGCAGGUGCGCUCUGGGGCCAGGGCGCUGCUUAAUGCCGAGAGCCUCCCUGCCCAUCGGAAGGAGGAGCUGCUGCAGGCUCUGAGAGAGUUUUACAGCACAGAUGCCAUCACAGAUGAGAUGCUUCAAGAGGCUGCCAGCCUGGAGACAAGGAUUUCCAACGAGAGUUAUGUGCCCCACGGGCUAAAGGUGGUGCAGUGUCACGCCCGGGGCGGGCUGCGCGCCCUUGUGCAGCUGGAGCGCCGCUGGCGGCAGCACUUCCUGGACUCCAUGCAGCCCAGGCACCUGCCCCAGCAGUGGUCUGUGGACCACAACCACCAGAAGCUGCUGCGCAGGUCUGGGGAGGACCUUCCUGUGCUGCUGUCGUAACUGCUGCUUUCCACCAGGUCAGAACAGGUGGGAAGCUGGAGCCGGAGGUUGGAACGUCACCUCUUCCUGUUCUGAUACAUCAUUGUCACAGCCUGGGUGACCCAGUUCAGUACUAACCUUUAUUAGUCCUGGGGUGCUUUGGAGGGAGCAAGGCUCUCUUUUUAAGUGAGGGGAGCUUAUGGUUUUGAAUUUUCAUUGAUCAGAGUAUUUUUUUUUUCCUUCCUCUUCUAUUUUUGUGGACAAGAGAGGCCUUGACCUCCAUUCCACCCUUUCUCUUCUGCUUGCCCUUUGAAGAGGGAAAACGAAGACUUCUCUCUGAAGUGAGUUGCCAAGACUCUGAGAAGCGUGAAACAGAUUUCCUCUCUGUCCAUCUUAGUGUUUGCCUAACAGCAGCCAUUUACUGUGUGGGUCUUGUCAGGUUAGGAGGGGAAAAAAAUGUUCUUACAGAUUGGCCAGGUGACCAAGGAGUCACAUUCAUUUUCCCAGUUUAGCUUUGAAACCCUGAUUUCCCUUGCUCUUCUGUAGUUUAUCUGGUUGGGACCCCAAUGCCUAGGUUGCUGUGGUUUAUUUCAUGUAUUUGAAAAUGCUCCCCUUCACAUAUCUGGGACCAGAACAGUCACUUCCUGCUGUGCACUUCCACCCAACCUAGGAAUCCAUUCCUGAAAUAAGCUUUCAGCUGGGAUGGGGUGGAGACAGGAACAUAGACCCCUCCAGGAGAGCUGUGCUAGUUUAUUCCACUUUCUUCAUUUGUUUGUUGCCUGCUUAUUACACUCCUGCCCAGAACAGCGAGGUUUCUAGCUUGGUUCUUUUUCUGAGGGGAAGCUAUAAUCUUUUCCUAGAACCCACAUCCUCUUACUUCAGCAUUCCAGGUGCCAUCCAAUUUGCAACACUGACCUCUUUUCACACUUAAUUCACUCCCAGAGCCAUUUGGUCAGGUUGUGGGGUGAAGACUUCACCUUCUCUGACACCUGAGACCCUGAGACUCACUUGUACUUUAGGUGUUGCAGAGGGUAUUUCAUCUUUCCAAAUGUUAGGCCACCACUUUGAGUAUGAAAUUGGUUUAUUAGUGAUUAGUAUUUUUUCUAAACUAUUAGUGAAAUUUUGCUAUUUUACAAGAUCUUAAUAUGCUUGCAAAGAAUUUUAUGGCCAGAAUCCAACAAGAGCUCUAUUUUGAAAUUGUGCCCAAGCUGGUGAUAACUAAUACGACAUUGAUAAAUAAAACUACUU